AUGAGUGAUUUGGAAGAUCAAGAGGAGAGAGAUAAUUUGGCCGCGAGCGAUAUCAUGCUGGCCGAGCAGCACGAAGAUCCGCCGGAUCUGAACGCCGCGCACAAUCGCGCCAACGAUGGAGCGCGACACAAUGAAGAAGUCAUGGGAGACUUCGAUUCCAAUCCAACACUGCUAAUAGAUCGGAAUCCCAUCCAACCACCACUUCCUGAAGGAAGAAGUUAUGAGAUUUCACCGGAGAUUAUUGGUUUGGUGAAACAAAACCAGUUCCAAGGGAAACCCCAAGAGAAUCCUUUGGAACAUAUUGAUGCUUUUGAAGAAAUUUGUGGCUCCGACCCCUUUGUUAAUCUACCUAGUCGCUAA